CAUUGCCUAGAUUUCAUGCAGCAGGAUGCAAUCGAUAUCACAGCCAAAGCAUUCGAGGAGCAUACAGUUGAGAAGGAAAUCGCCAUGACCAUAAAGAAGGAGUUUGACAAGAAAUACUCUACGACAUGGCACUGCAUCGUUGGCAAGAGCUUUGGAUCAUUCGUCACUCACGAGACAAAGAACUACAUAUACUUCUUUGUUGGUCAGCACAAUGUACUUCUAUUCAAGGCCGGCUAA